AUGUCUCUGACACUGAAAUUAUCCUCGUUGGCAAUUCGCACGUUCUCGAAGCCGAUUGCAACCCAAAUCAAAGCACAAGCUCGCGAGCAUGAACGGUUCCGCCGCUUAUGCGUCUCAAUGGCGCAGGCCCUCCAUCGAUUCGACAUGCGGCUCCGACUAGGGUCGAUCCGGGACGAUACAGUCGCACAAAAGCUGGCAAACGCCGAAAAAGAGGUCCGAAAACACAAGGCAACCCACCCGACAGUCAAAACGCAGGCCGAGACGAAGGCUGAAGAGGAGGCGGAGGUAAAAGCCAAGGCUGCGGCUGAGGAAGCAGCGAAACCGCGCAAAUAUCACAUCCGACCCCUGUCCGAAUCCAAGGCCAUCGAGUCUGGUGCCAACUUCAUCAGCGAGACAUUCCUCUUCCUCGUUGCGGGUGGGUUGAUCGUCUUUGAGUCGUGGCGAUCGCGCCGGAAGGAGAGCAAUCGGAGAGAAGACGUGGAGGAUCGGUUGAACGAGCUGGAGGAAUCCGAGAAGGCGACCCGAGGAGCGCUGGUGGUAUUGGAGAAAGAGAUCCUUCAGCUCAGGGCCAAACAUGGAGAUCUCCCCAAGCCAACUCACCGGAUCCUCCCUCGGCAGGUAUGGGAUGUGGAAGAAGAGAUCGACCACCCGCCAGUUGAGGAGGGCUGGUUCUCUCGCAUCACCUCAUACUUCUCCUUUGGGCAGGGCGAGAAAACCCCGCCGCCCGAACCGACUCCAGCGGCACCCUCUACCGACUCGAAAUCUCCUUCCGUGCCUUCCAAGAGUGCGUGA